CGGAACCAGGCGGUUCGACGCCAGCGCCGCACCCCAGCGUUGGGCGUAGUGCCGCAAGCAGCGUCCAGCGUCAGUGUCGAUGAGCAAGCCCACGACGGACCCUCCGAGCCAAGCCUACCUCGCGAAGAAGCGUGAAGCGAUGGCAGCUGCCUCGUCCUCGCCCAGUGGUGCCACCUCACUCCCGCUCGACGGCACGGCCGGCGGACCGCCGGACCUCGACGCCUGGGCUCUCGCCUGCGACGCAGCCGCGACUGCGGCGGAGAGCUGGCCGACGGCGCUCACCUCUGCGACGGGCGCUGCCGUCAAGACUGGCUUCGUCGAGGGGCCGUACGCGACUGGCAUCCGGUCGGUGCUGUGGAUACAGGACUUUGAGGCGUCAAAGCUGGAUCGCGUGGUCGCGCUCCUCGGUCCGCCAUUCGAGUCGGUCAUCCGCAACGCGCCGCUCUGGGACGGGACGUUCCAGUCGGCCGACGUCGUCGGCGCCCCGGCCGCCGACGUCAAGACGGUGUCGUGGAGGUUCUCCGCGUGCCCGCUGUGGCCACGCGACCUGCUCUACCUCUUCCACGUGAAGGAGAUUGGCGGCAAGAAGGCGUACGUGUACCCGUCGGUGUCGCGCCGCGAGGGGUACGGCAAGCCCACAAGCUGCUGCCGGGUGCGGGCGAAGAACAUGUUCCCGUCGAUCGACCGGAUCGAGAGGCUGGCCGACGGCAGGAUCCGGCUCGUGCACAUGAUCACGACGCGGCUGGGCGGGCUGAUCUGCGACUGCUGCUACAACUCCUGCUUCGAGUCCACCGUCCUCCAGACGUACGCGAGCGAGGCGGAUAAAUGGCGCUCAGUCAUUGACGGCGACGCGCCGCUGUACUGAAGAGCCCCGGGGCGCGGUUCGGUUCAAAGCCCGUGGUAAAGCCGACGCGGGCGGCGUAGAACGCGACUAUUUCAGGACUUUUUAGCUUUUUUGUCGGUUCUAUUACUAUUUUUAACCUAUGUGUCCU